AUGGCGCCUCCGGCGCGGGGAGGCUACAGCUCGAACGUGAACCUCGUGCUCCUGUUCGCCAGCGCCCUCGCGUGCCUCUUCGUGGCCGGCAGGCUGUGGUGGUACUCGCGGGAGGUCGUUCUUCUUGAAAGAGAUGUUGAAAUCCUCCAGGCGAAACUCCAGGGCUCUGAUGCAGCUUCAGCUUUGGCUGGCGGCAAACUUGAUUGUGGUGACCUUGGGCCUGGCCUUUCUGGCCUCCAUUUCAACGUGAGACAGAAUGCUGCCCCAGUGGUGCCUCCAGGCUUGGUGGGCCCCAUGGUUGAGGAUGAGGCGAUUGACACAGUGACUGAUGAUGGUGAAGGAAGAGAAGCCCCUCUGCUGGGGCAGUUGGAUGGAGUCCGAGAUGGGUAUGUAUAUGGAUGGGCUUGCCAACGAGCCAAGGUGUCAACAGCUCUAAAGGUGGUUCUGUACAUCAACGAUGUGCAAGUGGGCAUGGUACAUGCUGACAAACCGGCACCACACAGCAUUGUCAAUCGCAUUUGCACUGGGCCAGUAUCUGUGGAGAUGCACCUUCAGCCUGCAAGAAAUGUGGCCUUCAGGUUCAAAAUGCCUCGAUUGCCUGAUGGGCUUUAUCAGCUGCGUGCCUUCGCCUAUCACCCUGAUGGCCGGUGGAGGAAGGAGCUGUACAUGUCACCCCUCUCUUUCUAUGAAUCAGAUGCACGUCCUGACCUGGCUGAGGCGAUCAGAAGAAAAGAUGACAUCAUUCGAGCUAGGAAUGCUCAAGUGGCAUCGUUGUAUGAAGAAUUGAACACCAGAGGGGCUUGGGAGUCUGUCACAAGCGAGCCAAGGGUUCGAACGUUUGCCCCUAAACAAGGCCAGGACUCUGUUCCCCGACUCUUAGUGUUCAUUGGCGUCAAUUCGGACCCCGGAGACAAGCAUCAUCGCAACUUUCUCCGUGCGACUUGGAUGAAGAAUGAGACUGCCCUUAGCGAAAUGGGCGUUGCUGCGAAAUUCAUAGUGGGGAAGAGCGAUUGGCUACCAGAGAAGGAAGUCACAGAGCUGGCUGACGAAAUGGCGGAGCAUGGCGACAUGGUGACUGUUGACAUAAAGGGGUAUGAGGAUGCUGCAAAGAAGAUACUGGCCUUCUACCGGUCCGUGGCGCUCACCACAGACGCCGACUACUAUUUCAAGGUCGAAAAAGACGUCGUGGUGAACAUCGGCAACCUCGUGGACUACUUGACGCCAACCCGCGACCGGGGAAACUUGUUCAUGGGCUGCAUGAAGUCGGGCGAAGUUGUGACCGACCCCAAGAGAGCCUGGUACGAGCCGCAACACUACCGCUUCGGCGACCCCAUCGGCAGCGACAAGAAGUUGUCCUACCCGCGGCACGCCCACACCCAGGUCUUCGGCCUCUCCCGCAACGUGGCCAAGUACCUCGGCCAGAACGCGGACGUGAUGCACGGCUACGCCCACGAUGACGUCACCGUGGGCGCCUGGCUGCUUGGCCUGGACGUGGAGUUCAAGGACGAGGGGCGGCUGUGCUGCGGGGAGUGCAGGGGGGAUGACAAGUCGCGGGCGUGCAUAUCGUUCUUCCAGACAGGCUGCUCCGGCGUGUGCAGCCCAGAGACCAAGGUGAUGAAAAUAUUCGAGACUUGCGCAAAGUCCAGGGGGUGA